AAGUUGUGUAGGAAUUUCUAUCUUAGGGUUUGCUUUCGGUUCCCAAAUUACCCCCCACCGUUCUAAAUUCUGGCCAUGGCGUCGACGAAGGUUAUCGUUCUCAGGAGUUCUGACGGUGAGACAUUCGAGGUUGAUGAGGCGGUGGCGUUGGAGUCGCAGACGAUUAAGCACAUGGUUGAAGAUGGUUGUGCUGAUACCAGUAUCCCUCUUCCCAACGUCACGAGCAAGAUCCUUUCGAAGGUGAUUGAAUACUGUAAGAAGCACGUGGAGACACCGAAGAAUGAUGAUAAGGUUGCUGAGGAUGAUCUCAAGUCGUUUGAUGCCGACUUCGUGAAAGUGGAUCAGGGCACUCUGUUUGAUCUGAUCUUGGCUGCUAACUAUCUGAACAUCAAGAGCCUGCUGGAUCUGACCUGUCAAACUGUGGCGGAUAUGAUCAAAGGAAAGACUCCUGAAGAGAUUCGCAAGACGUUCAAUAUCAAGAACGAUUUCACCCCGGAGGAGGAAGAGGAGGUCCGUAGGGAGAAUGCUUGGGCUUUUGAGUAAACCAUGGAAACUGUCUAUAUUGAGUCUGAGUCUUAAGUACUAGUAGUAUAUAAUGUGGGUGUCUGUUCUGCUUUUUCCAUAUCAAAACUCAUGAAUGCACUCCUUUAUGGUAUCUUAAAACUCUUGUUGUUUUGUGUCAUAUGGUGCGAUGUGAUCAUGUUUUUUUC